AUGCUGUUACAGUGUUUCCUUAUCGUGUGUAUAUUCAAACUAUCCGAUGCUCGUGGAACUCCAAUGUAUGCUUACAUUAGAGAGCUUUGUCCACCUGGUCUUCAACCAUUGACGGGUGCACGUCACGUACGAACAUGCGACGAUAAACUGACAAAGUGUCCUCGUGGAUCAAGUUGUAUUCAAGGCGUUUGCUGUUUACGACAGCCGUCUUGUAAUCAUUUUACUUACAAGUACUCCUCGCAGUAUUCAUGCCUUCCAAGAGUCAAACAGAAUUGCCCUGAGGAACACAAAUGCGUACCAAGCAGCCAGGAAGGCAUGCAUAUUUGCUGUUCGUUGAAACCACCGAGAAUAGCACGAAUUCCACCAGAACGAGCUAUAUGUCCUGCCAGCCAUCCUGUGAUCAGCAACGACCGCCAACAUCUCCGUCUCUGUUCCCAGUGUCAAAAUGGUAUUUGCACACCGUUCCGUUCGUCCGAUGUCAGUAUUUGCUGCCAUUCUUCUAGUGCAUUUUGUGGUCCAGGAAGUAACAUAGAAAUGGACGGCUUACUAGCCAGGGAUUGUUCGAAAUUACCCUGUAGUGAAGGAUACGAAUGUUCGUUGGCGCCUUCGGGUAGUCGUGUAUGCUGCUCACUUGCGGAAUGUUCAAGCGGACAACGAGCGCGAGCUGUCUGCGCAGCUGGCUGUCGGCGAGACGAAGAGUGUGAAGUGAUCAAUGGACAACGAUGGUGCUGUCCAGCCACUCCAAAACGCUGUCCUGGAAAUGCUUUAAGCAAUGGAGCGCAAUGUUCGAGCGAAUCACCUACGUGCGAUGAGGGCUUCGAAUGUCGAGAGAGUAUGGAUCGAAACGGAUUUCUUUGUUGCCAAAUUCCUGAAGUAAAGAAAUCUGUUGCAGGAUACAUCUGCCAAGCUGGAAAUGAUGGCCUUUACUGUUGCCCCCUGGAUGUCGAGAUAGAUAUGUUUGAAGAGACAACAGCUGUACCAUACCAGCCGACCCUUCUUAAGUUACUACCGGAAAAACCAUGCAAAAAUUGCGGUUCAAAAGAAAUGCAAACUGCAACAACGGAACAACCAAUUCCAAAAUGUCCAUUUGCUUUUCGUGAAGCUCGUUUUGAAACCAGGGAUGAAAUCAAAACUUGUAUCGGAUUAUUGGAUUUCACGUAA